AAACGCCAAUUUCUAAAGCACGGAGCGCCCAUUUACGGACCUUCACCUCCAAGCACCCACAUGCGUAAGACUGGUUGUGAAACAGAUAUACCUGGCCAUUCUGUGAAAUCAUCGGUCAUAUACCAACGUGAUAAUUGCUAAAGGAUUGUGAAAGUGAAAAUACUACCCGUCGAAUGACCAACCAUACAGAUAACCGGAACCAUGGAUAUGUAGCACUAUCAUCAGAACCUCAAGCCCAUGAGCAAUAUUCUCCUACAGACGUACUUUCAAAUACCCAGCUACCUACUACAGACUCUCUUCAUUCUACUAGCCAUGGCGGAACCUUGAUUGUGCAUCCUCACGGACAUUCCUACACCUACUCAUAUGGUCCAAAAGGUCUCACUGGACUUUUCCAUAAUUACUACGCAUUAGGUUGUGCAGUCUUUGCGUCGUUAGGCGGUCUGACUUUCGGCUAUGACCAAGGCGUCAUUGCCAACGUUCUCGUUAUGAAGGACUUUGUCACCCGUUGGCCCAUAAGUCCUUUGGAGAAGGGUUUAAUGACUGCUAUGCUUGAAUUGGGCUCGCUUAUUGGCGCUCUAAUCGCAGGAAUAUUCGCUGAUCGUUUCUCUAGGCGACAGGCUAUCAUGCUUGCAUGCGUUGUCUUUUGUGCAGGGUCUGCUCUGCAAUUCUUUGCCCAAAGCAUUCCUCAUUUGAUCAUUGGUCGUGCCAUCGGGGGUUUAGGUGUAGGCGCUUUGAGCAUGCUCUCGCCACUCUACAUGGCUGAGAUCAGUCCGCCGGAAGUGCGUGGCUCCCUAAUGGCAUUGGAGCAAUUCUCCAUAGUUCUCGGAGCGGUCUUGGGUUUCUGGACUGGGUUCUUUACCCGUGACUUGCCUGGGUCAGCAUCAUGGCGGAUACCUUUAGGUAUUCAAAUCAUACCUGGCGUUCUUCUUGGAUUUGGCAGUAUAUCCCUCCCCCCAUCUCCAAGAUUGUUGGUGGCACAAGGUCGAAGUGAAGAAGCCCUGCAAGCAUUGGCUAGGCUUCGUCUGCGAUCAUCGAUGGAAGCAGAUACUGAUCCUUUGCUCCAGAUCGAACUCCUAGAGAUGCGCGUCGAAGCAGCCUUAGUAGAACAGAGUAUUGGCGAUGUCAAAGCGGGUGGCAUCCGUGGGGAAGCGCAAACUUGGGGGCAACUCUUCAGCAAGAAGUACCGACCAAGAACACUCAUCGGUGUACUGAUGAUGGUCUUCCAACAAUGGAGUGGCAUCAAUGCGCUAUUGUACUAUGGACCAACGUUGAUGCGUGAAUUGGGCUUACAAGGGGACACAGUAACACUGAUGGUCGCUGGUGGGAUUGGUAUCGUCCAGUUCUUCGCUGUCUUUCCUGUCAUCUUGUAUAUCGACAGGUUUGGGCGAAGGCCGCUGUUGAGAUGGGGUAGUGCGGUGAUGAGUAUCUCCCACAUCACCAUUGCGCUAUUGGUGAGACAAUUUGAGCUCGACUGGCCUCAUCAUACGAUGGCUGCAUGGACAUGUGUUUGUUGUGUCUACGUAUUCACGGCUGCAUAUGGGAUGAGUUACGGCCCCAUUGGCUGGAUCUUACCAAGCGAGGUCUUCCCAUUGUCAGUUCGAAGCAAGGGUGUCUCUCUGUCCACAGCAUCGAAUUGGAUCAACAAUUUCCUUAUUGGUCUCGUUACACCUGUCCUAAUGGACUUAUCGCCUUCUGGGACCUUUAUCAUAUUCGCAUCUGCCUGUUUCCUAGGGUACUUCUGGUCGACGUACUCCGUUCCCGAAACAGCUAAUGUCUCGCUUGAAGAGAUCGACGCGGUCUUUGGAUCUUCCGCAGGUCGUGAAGAUGCCGAACUCAAGCAUCAGAUUGAGAGGGAACUAGGAUUGACGGAUUUGGUCGGUGGGUUGGCUGCGAGGGAGUCUUGACGUUAAUUUUGGGCAUUGGGAUUCUAUCCUGCGUUAAUUAUUGUAUCAGGCCGUAAUACUUCCAUCUACUAUGAUUAUAAUUGAAUGGCCUAUUUAUAUGAGCG